AUGGGUGAAGCUACAUUAUCAGCGAAAGCGCGAGCAGAAGAGAUUCAAUCGACUCUAGAUCCUAGCAUACCAAGUCUGAUAAAAGUCAUGCUUGAAUCACACGUUGUUAAAGGUUUUUGGCUAGGGGUUCCGACUAAGUUUUGCGAAGCUUUUAUGCCGAAAGUUAGAAUUAAAAUGACAUUGGUGGAUGAGAAAGGAAAAAACUAUAAACUAAAUUACAUUCCUGAAAAAACCGGACUUUCCGGUGGAUGGAAAGGGUUUUCUGUGGAUCACAAAUUAAGAAUUGGAGAUGCAGUGCUGUUCCAACUGGUUGACCUUAUGACAUUUAAGGUUGUCAUUGUUAAGGGAAAUGGUGUUGCGGACACUGAUGGGGGACAAGAUAUUGAUGAUGGUCUAACCCUUCUGCAACUGAAAGCGCGGGCGCAGAGAAGAACUCCAGGCGAUGCGUGUAAGGAAUUGAAGCGGGAGACUAAAACUGUUGCAAAGCGCCAACGUGUAGGCGCUGCUGGCAAGAAUUUGAAGCCGGAGGAAAAACCUGCAGAGAAACGCCGCAGGCGUGCUCCUUCAUCUGUUAUUCACGAUGAAAAUAGAAGUCAGAAGCAACCUGAUGAUGACAAUGGUGAUGCGGUAGAUUCAGUGGUUGGAGAUUUUGAGAGUUUCACGAAAAUCGUUAAGGAUUUGGUUGGAGAUUCUAAAUUGCCAGAGGAUGUAUUGGAGAAAUAUUACAAGCUAUGCUGCACCCAUAACUCGUUCCUUCAUGCAAAUCUUCUUCCCGGCUGCAAUUCUAAUUUAGUUGCUGGUAUGAUUAUCGCAACUGUGGAAAUUGUUCACGGCAUCAGGUCUUGCAAACUUCGCGACACUUUGAAUGGUGAGGUGGCCGUCUGGAAAAAUAAAUUGGAAGCCUUUGAGAAGCUUGGCAUGAGCGUGGAUUUUGUAUUUCCUAGGUUAAACCAACUUCAGAAACUAUCCGAAAAGGCACUGAUAAGGCAUCAAUAUCAACAAAUGUAUCCAGAAUGA